AUGUAUCAAGUCAGUAAUGAAGUGGAAGGUCACUAUGCUAAAUCUGUAACUGAUUGUGGAACAUUAGAUGUGAAAGAGCACACAAACCUGUCAAUGAACGAACAGAACUAUCAUAUAUAUGGCAAUUCAGGAGCUCAUAUUCAGUGCGACACUGGCUAUGAGUUUCCCGAUCACAGUAAUACUACGACAGUAAAAUGUCUUGACACAGGUGAUUGGAGAAAUGUACCCUUAUGUCAGCCUAAAGAUUGUGGAACAUUUAACGUGACAGGUCAUACACAAUUGUCUUCUAAUGAACAGAACUAUCAUAUAUAUGGCAAUUCAGGAGCUCAUAUUAAAUUGCGCAAAGAUUGUGGAACAUUAGAUGUGACAGAGCAUAAAAACCUGUCAAUGAACGAACAGAACUAUCAUAUAUAUGGCAAUUCAGGAGCUCAUAUUCAUGCGACACCGGCUAUGAGUUUCCCGAUCCCCGUAAUAGUACGACAAAAAGAUAAGUGCCUCAUCACAGACGCUUGGAAUAUAAUAACCUCAUGCCAGGGCAGAAGUAUUGAUAAUGUAAUGUUUAGAUAUCAAGAUUGUGGAACAUUAGAUGUGAAAGAGAACACAAACCUGUCACUGAACGAACAGAACUAUCAUAUAUAUGGCAAUUCAGGAGCUCAUAUUCAGUGCGACACUGGCUAUGAGUUUCCCGAUCACAGUAAUACUACGACAGUAAAAUGUCUUGACACAGGUGUUUGGAGCAAUGUACCCAUAUGUCAACCUAAAGAUUGUGGAACAUUUAACGUGACAGGUCAUAAACAAUUGUCUUCUAAUGAACAGAACUAUCAUAUAUAUGGCAAUUCAGGAGCUCAUAUUCAUUGCGUCAAAGGUUAUGAAUUUCCCGAUCACACAAAUUCUACUACAGUUAAAUGCCUUGAGACAGGUGCUUGGAGCACAGUACCCACAUGUCAGCCUAAAGAUUGUGGAACAUUAGAUGUGAAAGAGCACACAAACCUGUCAAUGAACGAACAGAACUAUCAUAUAUAUGGCAAUUCAGGAGCUCAUAUUCAGUGCGACACUGGGUAUGAGUUUCCCGAUCACAGUAGUACUACGUCAGUAAAAUGUCUUGACACAGGUGUUUGGAGCAAUGUACCCUUAUGUCAGCCUAAAGGAGCUAUAUUUCUUUGCGGUCAAAGGGGAUAUGAAUUUCCCAAUCACACUAAUACUACUACAGUUAAAUGCCUUGAGACAGGUGCUUGGAGUACAGUGCCAACAUGUCAGCCUAAAGAUUGUGGAACAUUAGAUGUGAAAGAGCACACAAACCUGUCAAUGAACGAACAGAACUAUCAUAUAUAUGGCAAUUCAGGAGCUCAUAUUCAGUGCGACACUGGCUAUGAGUUUCCCGAUCACAGUAAUACUACGACAGUAAAAUGUCUUGACACAGGUGUUUGGAGCAAUGUACCCUUAUGUCAGCCUAAAGAUUGUGGAACAUUAGAUGUGAAAGAGCACACAAACCUGUCAAUGAACGAACGGAACUAUCACAUAUAUGGCAAUUCAGGAGCUCAUAUUCAGUGCGACACUGGCUAUGAGUUUCCCGAUCACAGUAAUAGUACGACAGUAAAAUGUCUUGACACAGGUGUUUGGAGCAAUGUACCCUUAUGUCAGCCUAAAGAUUGUGGAACAUUUAAGGUGACAGGUCAUACACAACUGUCUUCUAAUGAACAGAACUAUCAUAAAUAUGGCAAUUCAGGAGCUCAUAUUCAUUGCGUCAAAGGUUAUGAAUUUCCCGAUCACAGAAAUACUACUACAGUUAAAUGCCUUGAGACAGGUGCUUGGAGCACAUUGCCCACAUGUCAGCCUAAAGAUUGUGGAACAUUAGAUGUGAAAGAGCACACAAACCUGUCAAUGAACGAACAGAACUAUCAUAUAUAUGGCAAUUCAGGAGCUCAUAUUCAAUGCGACACUGGCUAUGAGUUUCCCGAUCACAGUAAUAGUACGACAGUAAAAUGUCUUGACACAGGUGUUUGGAGCAAUAUACCCUUAUGUCAGCCUAAAGAUUGUGGAACAUUAGAUUUGACAGAUCAUACAAACUUGUCAAAUAACGAAGAGAACUAUCAUAUAUAUGGCAAUUCAGGAGCUCAUAUUCAAUGCGAUACUGGCUAUGAGUUUCCCGAUCACAGAAAUACUACGACAGUAAAAUGUCUUGACACAGGUGUUUGGAGCAAUGUACCCUUAUGUCAGCCUAAAGCAUGCACGAACAUUGCAGAAUGA